AUGUCCGCCUCAUCCUCCUUUGCGUCCACAGCGUUCAGCCUCUACUCGGCACAACAGCAGAUCGAGCAUCGACGACCUCGUCUCUCGCGAAUGUCGUUCGUCGGCGACUGUUUCCGAAUCUCUGGUUCCGUCCUCCCUCGCAUCUUUCCGUCGGUGCUCUGCCUCACCAUCUAUGCGACGGUGAUCGCAUUGGCCGAUCUGGUCUGGCAGCAGCACUGGACGACUUCCUACUCCAUCACCAGCUCGCUCUCUGUCGUCGUCGGCUUGCUGCUCGUCUUUCGCAACGGCACCAGCUACGAUCGGUGGUACGAGGGAAGGAAGCUGUGGCAAGAUGCAGCGACUACUACCCGCAACCUCGCCACGCUCAUUUGGAUCAACGUCGAUGCUGACAAGGAGCCAGACAAGAAGCGCUCCAGGAUCGAGAGGAAGAAACGAGCGCUGAGGCUCUUGACCGCCUUCAUGGUCGCUGUCAAGUAUGAUCUGAGGGCCGAGACAGGGACCGAUUGGGCCGAUUUAAAGGGAAUCUUGCCAAAUGAAAUGAUUCGAGCCCGUGCUAUCGACAUCGAUCCUACGUCGGCAAAGCACACCAGUCACCGCAGCGAGGACGCCGACGUGGAACAAGCUGCAGGCCCUGUCGGCAGCUCGGAAACAUCUCCCCUGCUGCUCUCUGAUGACCUCGCAGCACAGAUCGACUCCGACCUGUCCUUGCCACACCGCAUUCUAGCCGAAAUCUUCGGCUACCUGGCCUCCACCCGUCGAGCCGGCCUGAUCGACGUUAUCGGCCCCGCCGGCUUCUCCCUCCUCAACACCCAACUCCUCGCCCUCUCCAACCUCACCUCUUCCAUGCAACGCAUCUCUACCACCCCCACCCCACUCAUCUACGCGAUCCACCUCAAGCAGUCCUGCUUCAUCUACCUGCUCACCCUUCCGCUGGCUCUCGUGGGUGAACUCGGCUGGAAGAUGGUCCCCUUUGUCAGCGUGUUCAGCAUGAUGCUGAUCGGGUUGGAAGGCAUCAGCAGCGAGAUCGAGGAUCCGUUCGGUGAGGAUCAGAGCGAUCAUCCGUUGGAUCUGUGGUGUAGUAGGUUGCGGUGGGAAAUCGAAAUGAUCAUCAAGAAUGUCCAACCAGGAUUGCAUCAAGAGUGA